UCGGAAGUAAUCCACUUUAGACCCAGUCGAGAUUCAUCCAUGAGAAAGAACGAUGCACUCGAGGUUCUUUCGAGAUUUAAUCACUUUAAUACACGUAUUCUUUCAAGUCCGUAUGGAUUUCUCAAUAUCAGUGAAAGAGUAAUAUCUGAAAAUAUAUUAGUUCAAGUGUGUUUAUUUUUGUUUCAAGUUUGUCGCUCUCAUUCGAGGAAUGUUUUACUAUAUUUAUUUUAUAUUAAUGGAACUUAUUUGUUGCAAGGUUGUGUAACCCGUGAAUUAAUUAAGAUACAGCUGGCACGUUUAUGACAGUUACUAUUAUAAUUCUGGUAUUCUUUAUUCAAAACAAUGAGGAUUAAGGAGGUGAUGUGUGUACCAUACGUAUGCCUAGUUACACAGUUGGAAUAAGUUAAUUUCCCGCACAUGCAAUGGAGAAACGGAGUUAGGAUUAUAGUUAAAAUAAUUCGGAUAUUGAGAAAGCUAUGGAUCAACAACACCCCCUGACGAAUAUAACUCAAUUCGAUGACGCGACCGACGUACAGUACCGGAAGUCGGGGAGCUCCCUACAGCGUCUCCUACGCCUCAGCCUACAAAAGACGCUGAACGUUGGGUGCCACGGCUUCUCCUUCCACGUGCCCUUCCUGGUCCUCUUCGCCCUUCAAGUGAUCAAGGUGUCCCUCCUGACCACAGAGAUGAUACACUUUGGCAAGGACCGCGGAAAUUUUAAAGAGAUUAUCGGAAAGGGGGAACUGGCGCUAAAACACCUCCUGAUCAAGGGCUGGGAUGCAAGUUGGGAGACAUCGCCUUACCCCCCUGCUCACGGAGACUUUGCUGUUUAUACCGUGGAUGACCUCUUAGGCAGAGUCAGCCAUGCAGUCAAUAGGUAUUACAACGCUCACACGGAGGCGAUUGGAUACUUUAUUCGCCUGAGAAACGACCAAAUGAAGGUACAGCUCAAAUACUUCGACUUCCCAGGAUUCAACAAACGGUUUACUUCCGGUGUGCAUAUUAGAGAAACAUGUUUCGAAAUUGGGAAAGGCCUGAAUAAAACCAGUGAUAACAAAACUGGUGACGUCAUAUACGGCUUCGAUAUCAGCAAAGAGUUCGAUUACCUCAACAUUUCCAAACCAGUAAAAAGAUUGCUUUCUCUGACAUUAAAUUUUACGCUGCACUCCGUGCGCGUGCACGUGACUGACCAGAAGGCGAGGUGCCUCAAAAUAAGCGGAAAUAUCGUGUUCGAGGACUUGGACAACAAUGGUCAAGUAGGGAUCGAGUUCAAGACGCUUACUCUUAGGAUCAAGUGUUCGGAAAUGGGAAUUCAAAAUAUAGAUGACUGGGUACUAGUGAACGUCUCGGAAAAAAUCGGUGCGGCCUUAUUGGUAUUCACAUGUCUCUCUCUGUUACUCUCCGCCCUCAGUGUCAUCUUUGACGUCUACGUCUGCUGGAAAACGAAAGUGUUUAUGGGUAAGUACUACACACGGUUCUAUCAGCCUGUAUCCCCCGAGGAGACGGAUCUGCCUCCCUCUGAAUACUUGCACAUCAUCAAGCUUUGGGAUAUCUGGGCAAUACUCGGGGACAUCUUCAGCCUCUAUGGCACCGUCUGGAUAGUCUUCAAGAUAAUGGAGAGCGACUGGGUGAUAGGCAUGCUAGAUUUCUACACCAUGUGGCUGGGAUUGGGCUGUCUCGUCUCUUGGAUAUGUCUUCUUAGGUUCUUCAAAUUCCAAGAGAAGUUCUAUCUUUUGUUCAGCACCAUAUACCACUCGUUCGGUGAUCUUGUCGCAUUCCUGUUCUGCGUCUCGGUUCUCUUCAUGGGCUUCUGGAUCUGCGGUUACGUCGUUCUAGGACCUUACAACGUCAAGUUCCAGACACCGUCGGCUGCCAUGGAGACGCUGGCUGCCAUGGUAACUGGCGACGAGAUCUUCUUGACGCUAGUUAGUGUGGAGACACAGAGGGUCGGCAACAUUAUCAUCCUGUGGUUCUCCAGAGUUUACGUGCUUUUCUACGUUGUCAUGUUUACCGUCAUCAUCAUCAACUUAAUCGUGGCGAUCUUUAACAGCUCGUACGAAGCCAUAACGGAACUGUACAAGAAGACGCCAGAUGAACGCAAAAUUCGGCCGCUGGAGUCGGCUAUUCGUGGUCUUCUGAGGACAAACGACGUCAGGGAAAGCUUCCGGCAAUCAAUUCACGAGAUUCUUACCGCGAGCAACCGGCCACCAACUUCUUCCAUUGAAGACUCUCUCCGGAAGGAGCUGCAGAAGCAUCUCCGCAUUUCGAGUAAGACAGAGGGAGUCGAGUUGAUAAAGCCAAGAACAAUAGAGAGCUUUGUAAAUGACAGGAGCUUCUCAGAAUAGCAAAGCGGCACUUUGUUUCGAUGUGGUAAUUUGCGGAUAUGUUAUAACCGGAAGUGAUAAAGACAUAAAAAGAGUAUAGGUGGGCCAUUAAAAAGUCACGGCCGUGUUAAAUGCUGCAAUACCUUAAACAUAGACACUAUGACAUGGAAAAGGGCUAACGCAGGAUAAGACGUGAAAAAUAAAGAAGGGAAUAAUAAACCACCAUUUAUAUGUUCAGGAGCGAAAUUCGUGUUACAGUUAGGUAGUGUACUAAUAUACAAGGAAAUAAAUAUAUUACAAUAAUGAACAUAAACAAAAAUGAUGUAAGCUUGGUUUACUGUCACGCAACAGUCAAUGCAUGACAGUAAUUUGUGAUUUGUUGGUUGUUUGUGUAACAAAGGUAAGCACAUUGACAGGUUAUAUAAACAUCAAAUCAAUUAAAAAACGAUACCAUGUUGAAAUAAUGUCAUUCUAAACAUUUGUCUUGCUCCUGUGUGUGCACCAUCUCAUUCUCAAAAUCAGCGUCAUGACGUCUGUUCGUGCAUGCGUCUGUCCGUCAAACUUGAUCUAAAUUCUACGAUAACUCAAAACCUGGCGAAAUUCGGUUGAUGAAGUCGGUAUGUGAUUUGAUGCCCAUUCAGUGGACAUAUUUGUUCUGCGUGCUUUUUCUACAACAUGUGAAAACUUUACUCUCAAACCUGCCACAACUGAAUAAGUACAUUAUGCUAUGUUAAUGCAUCGCGGUAUCUUGAUAACAUGAAAUAUUUUAGGUUAUUUGAGGUUUUCUGUCAUGCAAUCAUCGUGAUUGCAAAGGAUACAGACAUGAACAGAAAUCUAAAAUAUGGAUUAUGCGUCACUUCAAAAACUACUAAAGCAAGGUUGAUGAAAACCGGUUUAAAUAUGAAAGGCACUAUUCAGAAUAAAUGUCGAAUCAGUUGUACUGUCACAUUACUAUUUUGGUUAACAUGUGUACAGAAAUAAUUGAACACUCAUAUAUGGAUCAUGCGAUAACUUAAACAGUAAAUUAAAGCAGGUGUGUGGAUAGAACGUAAUAUAUGGUGAAGAUUUUAUGUUACUUAGUUGGUCAGCCACAAACUGUAGUUUCUUUAUUUAUGGAAGAAUGUGAAAAAACGCACAUUUUAUCGUUUCGAAAUCAAUCCAUCCGCGGAGGUGAGGGGAUAAAAUAUCUCCGACAGCUUCCUUAUUCCGAUGAGAUAAUUGUUUUGUAUAUUGAUGUGCAGUGUGUAAAUGUCGUAUUUGCUUGGUUAUUUGCUUUCAUUGCUGAUAAGUUUAUAGUAUAUACAAAUAUUUGCGUUCAUGUUUCCAUGUUAAAAUAUUGAAUGUUGCGUU